AUGCCCCACAGCAUCGUCACGGACAAUGGAUCUAACUUCGAUUCCAAAGAAUUUCGAAAGUUCUGCGACGACGGAGGAAUCAAACUGAAGUUUGCAUCAGUUAGCCACCCUCAGACCAAUGGGCAAGUAGAAAGGAUCAACGGUUUAAUAGGGGAUGGCCUCAAGAAACGCCUUACAGGCGCGGCUGGAGCCUGGGAAGAGGAGCUACCAUCUGUGCUAUGGAGUUUGCGCACUACACCUAACAGGUCAACUCAGUACACCCCGUUUUUCUUGGUGCACGAAGCCGAAGCAGUCCUACCAGCCGACGUUCGGUUCGAAGCUCCUCGGGUGACAGCAUACACAGAAUCCUCUUCAAACAUCGCGCUGCAGGACGAUGUGGACCUUCUCGACGAAGCACGAUACAUUGCCUUAGCAAGAACGGCGGUGUACAAGGAUGUUACAUUCAGGGCUAGGCUCCCUGGCUCCCUUGACCCCUCGUUUCCUUUUCAAGACAAGACUCCAUUUGAGAGAUAA